CGAACAACUGUAACCGUCGCAUCCUCUUCCUACGUAUCGUGCGAAAACCGAAAUUUUACAAAUUAACCCCUCCAUUUCUUCGAAUUCCAAUCCGAAACCCCUUCUCUCUCUCUCUCUCGCUCCGGUUAUCGCCAUGGGAGGCUCUCAUAGUCGCGAGGGCCUCGAGCUCUCCGACGAGGAGGAGGAGGACGAAGAAGAAGAGGAGGAAGAAGACGAAGAAGAGCACGAGCAGCGCGAAGGAUCCCAAACCCUAACCCCGCCCUCCCUCGAUGACGUCGACUCCAAACUCCGCUCCCUUAAGCUCAAGUACUCCUCCAACCCUUCUCCUUCUCCUUCCCCUUCCCCUUCCUCCUCCUCCCAAAACGCUAACCCUAACCCCAACCCUAACGACGCCGUCAAGCUCUACCUCCACAUCGGCGGGAGCUCCCCCACCGCGCGGUGGAUUGUCUCCGACAAGCGCGCCUCCUACUCCUUCCUCAAACCCUCCCCCCUCCCCGACCGCGCUGAUGACUCCUCCUCCCCAUGGUCCUUGGUGAUCGGAUCCAAGGUGCGCGCCAAGGUGGGCGCGGAGAUGCAGCUGAAGCCGUUCCCCGAGCAGCGGCGCGUCGACUUCGUGGCCGAUGGGGUUUGGGCCCUCAAAUUCGCCUCCGCGGAAGGGUACCGCGAGUUCCAGAGCCAGUACCGGAGCUGCCUCUUCGAGAACACCUACGGCCUCGCCGCGACGGAGGAGAACCGCGCCAGGGUUUUCGGUAAGGAUUUCGUGGCGUGGGCGCAACCCGAGGUUGCAGACGACGCCAUCUGGGAGGAUGCCGAGGGGAGCUUCGAGAAGAGCCCGAUUCUCCCGGUUAGGGCGAGCCAGGACCUGUUGGAGGAGUUCGAGGAGGAGGCCAUUGAUGGCGGGAUUCAGAGCCUUGCGCUCGGAGCUUUGGAUAAUAGCUUCUUGGUGAACAAUUCGGGGAUCCAGAUUGUAAGGAAUUUCAACCAUGGAGUUCACGGGAAGGGCGUUUCGGUUAAAAUUAGCCAUGAUGGGGGUCAGAUUGCAGGGUCUUCGACCCCAAAGAAGGCGCUUUUGAUGAGGGCGGAGAGCAAUAUGCUUCUGAUGAGUCCGGGGCAAGCGGGGAAGCCCCACUCGACAGGUGUUUACCAGCUUGACAUCGAAACGGGGAAGGUCGUUACAGAAUGGAAAUUCGAGAAGGACGGGUCUGACAUUACGAUGAGGGACAUCACGAAUGAUAGCAAAGGCUCGCAAUUGGACCCUUCGGAGUCUACCUUCUUGGGAUUGGAUGACAAUAGGCUCUGCCGAUGGGAUAUGCGGGACCGGAGCGGGAUGGUUCAGAAUAUCGCCAGCUCAAAUGAAUCUCCGGUUUUGCACUGGACUCAGGGCCAUCAGUUCUCUAGGGGCACUAAUUUCCAAUGCUUUGCUUCGACCGGCGAUGGGUCUGUUGUGGUGGGUUCGAUUGAUGGGAAGAUCCGCUUGUACUCGAAGAAUUCAAUGAGGAUGGCCAAGACUGCAUUUCCGGGGCUUGGAUCCCCCAUCACUAAUGUCGAUGUUACCUUCGAUGGGAAGUGGAUACUGGGUACUACGGACACUUAUUUGAUACUCAUAUGCAGCAUCUUUAAGGAUAAAGAUGGAAAGGAGAAGACUGGUUUCAGUGGACGCAUGGGGAACAAGAUUGCGGCUCCAAGAUUGCUGAAGCUUACUCCACUGGAUUCGCAUCUGGCUGGGAAGGACAAUAAGUUUCAUGGGGGACAGUUCUCCUGGGUGACAGAGAACGGUAAACAGGAGAGGCACCUGGUUGCAACAGUCGGCAAAUUCAGCAUCAUAUGGAAUUUCCAGCAGGUAAAGAACAGCAACCACGAGUGCUAUCGAAACCAGGAAGGGUUGAAGAGCUGCUACUGUUACAAGAUCGUCCUCAAGGACGAAUCCAUCGUCGACAGCCGCUUCAUGCACGAGAAAUUCGCCACAAGCGACUCCCCAGAAGCUCCUCUCGUGGUCGCAACCCCAAUGAAGGUUAGCUCCUUCAGUAUAUCAAAUCGGCGCUAACUUGUGAUUAUUUCGUUUUCCCUUUUCUAAUUAUCGCAUGGAGUGGAUUGAUUGCUGUUGAUAGAAUUGGUUUGAAAUUACAGAUUUGUUUGUGCAUAAAUUGUCAAUAUGCUAUAUUUAUGUGGCAUAAAUUCCUGCUUGUGGUUUUUAUAAUCAAGAUUACAUCAUUGUAAUGGCUGGAUUUCUUGGUGAUUUUGAGCAUAAUUUUUUCGUU